AUGCUGGCCGCGCUGGGCUCCCUGGCUGCUGCCCUCUGGGCUGGGCUCCAUCUCCGGACUCUCCUGCUAGGCACCUUCGUCUUUCUGUUCUUUGUUGAUUUCCUCAAAAGACGCCGCCCAAAAAACUACCCACCCGGCCCUCCGAGGCUGCCUUUCUUUGGCAAUUUCUUUCAGCUGGACUUUCAACAGCCCUCUUGGGGCAUACAGAAGUUUGUGAACAAAUAUGGAAACAUGGUUAGCAUGGACAUUGGACUCUUAAAUACCAUUACAGUAACUGGAUUGCCCUUAAUAAAAGAAGUCCUCACAAACCCAGACCAUGGUGUGGUGAAUCGUCCUUUGAGUCCUUUACGCAAACAUAUGUUUAAGAAACAUGGAGUGGUCAUGUCCAGUGGUCAGGAGUGGAAGGAGCAAAGACGGUUUGCCCUGAUGACACUCAGGAACUUUGGUUUAGGAAAGAAGAGCUUAGAUGAACGCAUUCAGGAGGAGGCCCAUUAUCUUGUUGAAGCGAUACAAGAAGAGAAAGGACAGCCUUUUGACCCUCACUUUAAGAUCAACAAUGCCGUUUCCAAUAUCAUCUGCUCCGUUACCUUUGGGGAGCGCUUUGAGUACGAUGAUGCUCGGUUUCAGGAGCUGCUGAAGUUGAUGGAUGAAGUCACACAUCUGGAAAUUGGAUUUUGCUGCAUUCUCUUCAAUAUCUUCCCUGAGAUCAUGAAAUUGCUUCCUGGAUCUCACCAAACAGUCAUUAAAGACUUUGAGAAAUUAAAAAUGUUUGUUUCUCAAAUGAUUGAAAAUCACAGGAAAGAUUUUAAUCCAGAUGAACCCAGAGACUUCAUUGAUGCUUAUCUAAAAGAAAUGACAAAGUAUGCAGGUACUGUUUCGUCAAGUUUUGAUGAUGAAAACCUCGUUACUAGCACACUGGACCUCUUCUUGGCUGGAACAGAGACAUCUUCUACAACACUGCGCUGGGGUCUUCUUUACAUGGCCCUGAACCCGGAAAUUCAAGAGAAAGUACAAGCUGAAAUUGACAGAGUACUUGGCCAAUCACAGCGCCCCAGCACAGACCACCGAGACCAAAUGCCUUACACUAAUGCUGUCAUCCAUGAGGUGCAAAGAAUGGGUGACAUUAUACCAUUGAAUGUAGCCAGAGAAGUGGCAUUUGAUACCACGGUGGCUGGAUACUACCUGCCUAAGGGGACCAUGAUCAUGACCAAUCUGACUGCGCUGCACAGGGACCCCAAAGAGUGGGCCACCCCUGACACAUUCAAUCCAGAGCACUUUCUGGAGAAUGGAAAAUUUAAGAAAAGGGAAUCUUUUCUGCCCUUUUCAGUAGGAAAACGAGUUUGCCUUGGAGAACAGCUGGCCAGGGCUGAGCUGUUCAUUUUCUUCACUUCCUUUUUGCAAAAAUUUACCUUCAGGCCCCCAGCCAAUGAGAAGCUGAGCCUAAAAGCUAAAAUAAGUGCUGCCAUCUCACCUGUCAGUUACCGGAUCUGUGCUAUUCCUCGGGAGUGA